AGAGAAGCUCUGUGAAUAUAUUUAUAGAGGAUAAGAAGUCUCACUAUCUCCACUACUGAGUUCGUGAUCCGAGUGAGAUUUCAUAGAGAGAGAUUGAAAGAGAGAGCUCCAAUGGCGACAUCGCAAUUCUCAGCGAGUUGUAGUAGAGCAAGGGCAUUUCCUCACUACGAAUCUCGUUCCAGAUUGAUCGAUUUUACAUGCAGAAGCAGCAAAUCGAAGUUAUUUCUUAUCAGGUCACUGAAUCGAAAGCCAUUGAGGCGGUCAUUCUCGGUGAAGAGCGUUUCCAGUGAGCCGACGCAGAAAUUGAAGGAUCCAAUCGCCGACGAAGAAGUUUCAACCACACUCAAUUCACUCACAACUGAUGCUGCAUCUGUCGCUUCGAGUAUAAAAUACCAUGCAGAGUUCACCCCAUCAUUUUCUCCUGAGCGACUUGAUCUUCCCAAGGCUUACUUUGCCACUGCCCAAAGUGUUCGUGAUUCUCUCAUUAUUAAGUGGAAUGCAACGUAUGACUAUUAUGAGAAGUUAAAUGUGAAGCAGGCAUAUUAUUUGUCAAUGGAGUUUCUCCAGGGUAGAGCUCUGUUAAAUGCAGUUGGUAAUUUAGAGCUCCGUGGUGCUUAUGCAGAGGCUUUGAAUAAGCUUGGACACAAAUUAGAAGAGAUUGCUUCCCAGGAGCCAGAUGCUGCACUGGGAAACGGGGGUCUUGGACGUUUGGCAUCUUGCUUUUUGGAUUCGUUAGCAACUCUUAAUUACCCGGCAUGGGGUUAUGGCCUUAGAUACAGAUAUGGUUUAUUUAAGCAGCUGAUUACAAAAGAUGGCCAAGAAGAAGUUGCUGAGGACUGGCUUGAGUCGGGAAAUCCAUGGGAAAUUGUGAGAAAUGAUGUCUCGUACCCUGUAAAAUUUUACGGCAAGGUAGUUACUGGAUCAGAUGGUAUAAGACAUUGGAUUGGAGGAGAAGACAUAAAAGCUGUUGCACAUGAUGUUCCAAUACCAGGAUACAAAACUAAAACCACAAUUAAUCUCCGCCUUUGGUCAACCAAAGCUCCAUCAGAAGAUUUUGAUUUGAACUCCUUUAAUUCUGGGGAGCAUACCAAAGCAUAUGAAGCCCUUGGAAAUGCUGAAAAAAUUUGCUAUGUACUCUACCCUGGGGAUGAAUCAAUUGAAGGAAAAGUCCUUCGUCUGAAACAGCAAUAUACAUUAUGUUCAGCUUCUCUUCAAGAUAUUAUUGCACGCUUUGAGAGAAGAUCUGGAGCAUCUGUAAACUGGGAGGAAUUCCCUGAGAAGGUUGCAGUUCAGAUGAAUGAUACUCACCCAACUCUCUGCAUUCCUGAGCUGAUGAGAAUUCUGAUUGAUUUGAAAGGUUUAAGCUGGAAGGAUGCCUGGAAUAUUACUCAAAGAACUGUGGCAUACACAAAUCAUACUGUUCUUCCAGAGGCAUUGGAGAAAUGGAGCUUUGAACUUAUGCAAAAGCUUCUGCCUCGACAUAUUGAGAUCAUACAAAUGAUAGAUGAGGAGGUUAUUGGCACCAUAAUUUCGGAGUAUGGGACAGCAGAUUAUGAUUUGUUAGAGAAGAAAUUGAAGGAAAUGAGAAUAUUAGAAAAUGUGGAUUUUCCUGAGGCCUAUGCGGAUAUACUUGUUAAACCCAAAGAAAUUGAACCUGUUGAAGAUGUUGAAAAAGUUGAAUCUGUUAAUGAAGAAGACAAACUUGAUGAAGAAGACAAACUUGAAGAAGACAAAAUUGGAGAGGAAAGCCCUGAUGAGAAAGAGCAGGUCUUACCAGAGCCGGUACCAGAACCGCCAAAACUGGUCCGUAUGGCUAAUCUCUGUGUUGUGGGGGGUCAUGCAGUAAAUGGUGUCGCUGAGAUACAUAGUGAAAUAGUAAAGGAAGAAGUUUUCAAUUCAUUUUAUCAGUUGUGGCCUGAGAAGUUUCAGAAUAAAACAAAUGGGGUGACCCCAAGAAGAUGGAUGCGGUUUUGCAAUCCAGAUUUGAGUGAAAUAAUAACUAAAUGGAUUGGCACAGAAGAAUGGGUCCUAGAUACUGAAAAAUUGGCAGAUUUACGUAAGUUCACAGAUAAUGAGGAUCUUCACACCCAGUGGAGGGCAGCAAAAAGGAGCAAUAAGUUGAAAGUUGUGUCACUGAUCAAGGAGAAAACAGGAUAUUCUGUCAGCCCUGAUGCUUUGUUUGACGUUCAGGUGAAGCGCAUUCAUGAAUACAAGAGACAGCUUUUAAAUAUCUUGGGAAUUGUUUAUCGCUACAAACAGAUGAAAGAAAUGACGGCUUCAGAAAGGAAAGAAAAAUUUGUUCCUCGAGUAUGUAUUUUUGGAGGAAAAGCAUUUGCAACAUAUGUUCAAGCAAAAAGAAUUGUGAAAUUUAUCACAGAUGUUGGUGCUACUAUUAAUCAUGAUCCUGAAAUUGGUGACCUAUUGAAGGUUAUCUUCGUCCCAGAUUACAAUGUUAGUGUUGCUGAAUUACUGAUACCGGCAAGUGAGCUCUCACAGCACAUCAGUACUGCUGGAAUGGAAGCCAGUGGCACCAGCAACAUGAAGUUCUCCAUGAACGGCUGUAUCCUGAUUGGAACUUUGGACGGGGCCAAUGUUGAAAUAAGAGAAGAGGUUGGUGAAGAUAAUUUUUUCCUCUUUGGUGCCAAGGCUCAUGAGAUUGCUGAUCUCCGAAAAGAAAGAGCUGAAGGAAAGUUUGUUCCGGACCCACGUUUCGAAGAAGUCAAAGAAUUUGUGAGAAGCGGUGUCUUCGGGCCUUACAAUUAUGAUGAAAUGAUUGGAUCCUUGGAAGGAAAUGAAGGCUAUGGCCGUGCAGACUAUUUCCUUGUGGGGAAGGACUUCCCCAGUUACUUAGAGUGCCAAGAGAAGGUUGAUGAGGCAUACCGUGACCAGAAGAAAUGGACGAGAAUGUCAAUCCUCAACACAGCUGGCUCAUACAAGUUCAGCAGUGACAGAACCAUUCAUGAAUACGCCAAGGACAUAUGGAACAUUCAGCCAGUCGAAUUACCAUAGAAGUUGAGUUUUUAUAUCGAGUACCAAGCAAUAACUAGUCCACCGCUGCAUUUGGGGCUCUUCCUUUUUUAUUUAUUUUUUUAUUUUAUUUUCUAUGUUGAGUUUUGUAGGGUAAUAAAGUGUAGCACUAGCUAGCUCGAUGACGGUAUCUAUCAAUCUAAAUAAAGAUCUAGUGUUUUAAUU